UAAAUUUCGGAAUAAAGUUCUAAAAUUAAUUUGAUAAUGUUUCAGAUAGUUAUCCAUUAAAAUGAUAAAGUGGGUUAAGUCUUUACGUUCAGAACUUAAGAGACCGAGUUUUCUAACUGAAGAAGUUAGCGUAGUUCUGGGGAAUGAAGCUUGUGAUCUUGACUCAGGAGUUUCUGCCCUCGUUCUUGCUUUUCACAUGCAGUCAGCUGAUCUUGAAAAACCGGUUCUACCGGUUCUUAACAUUCCAUCCAAGGACUACAGUCUGAAAACUGAAUUGGUUUACAUCAUUGACAAUCUAGAUUUAAGUCAAGAGGAUCUUCUGUUUAGAGACAGCUUUUGUCUAAAAUCUUUAGAAGGGUUACGUUUGGUUUUAGUUGAUCAUAACAUUCUUCCCGCUGAAGACUCAGAACUAGAGAGUAGAGUUGUUGCAGUUCUUGAUCAUCAUCAACAAGAGAGGGAGGAGACAUCUAGUGUCAGCUUAAAAGUUGAAACCGUUGGUUCAUGUGCUAGUUUGGUAGCAGAGAAAAUAUUUAGUGAGAAUCCUGAUUUUUCUGACCCCGUCGCACUAGGACUUCUCCUAGAUGCAAUUCUGCUGGAUACGGUGGGCCUUAAACCUGAAGCUCAUAAAGUGACAGGCAAGGAUGUAAAAAUGUCGGACAGAAUCCAGUCUGUGAUAGGAAAGGUUGAUGCUAUGGCUAGGUUUAAUGAGCUAUGGUCUGCAAAAACUAGAUUUGAUCAUCUCACCCCUCAUCAACUUCUCAGGAGAGACCUCAAGCUGAUAACUACAGACAAGGUUCGGAUUGGAAUAAGCUCUGUUCCUCUCCUCCUAGCCAACUUUAUGCAGCUCAAGAAUUGUAAAGAUGAUCUCACCUUGUUUAAGAAAGAAGAAGAUUUAACAGUUGUCAUAGUGAUGGGAUACUUAGUUACUGAAGGUGUUGUAGAGCGAGAUAUUCUGAUCCAAGGAGAAGAGGCAACCAGAGAUCUGAUCGCUACUGCGCUCCAACAUCCUGACUCCACCCUGGGAUUACAGGCGGAUUCCAGUCAUACAGAGUUUGGAAAAUAUUACAAGCAAGGGAAUACAGCAGCGUCCAGAAAAUUUAUUUUGCCUUACGUGAAGAAAUUAACAAGUAGUUUGAAUUAACUGGGAUGAAUUUAUAGGUGCAUUGAAAUAAAAUAAUAAUCAAUUAUUUUAUGUAAUACCGCUAAAAUUGUGAUGAAAAUCUUAUAUGAGAGUUCUCUAUGUUUUUACAGAAACUAAUCUAAAAUUGCUUUAUUUAGUUUUUUAGAUAGUUUAAAGUAAUCAUUUUUUAUAUUAUAAAAUGUAAAUAAAUGUGAAAAAUAAA